AUGUUGUAUGGGGCAACGCCGAUAGGAGGAACUUACUCAGAAAUUGAACACGAAGAGGAGGAUGAAGAUGAUGAAAGAGAGGAUGUUGAAGUAAAAGAAGGAAGUCUUCUUCCAUUUGGUAUGAAAGAAAAAAUGGAAGGGAAUCAAGAAAAUAAACGACGAAAAAUUAAGGAAAAUAAUGAAUUAACUUUAACACCAAAUGAACAGAAAAAUGUUAUAGAAGAUUUAGAUGAAGAUAAUAAUAGUAGAAUGACUUCAUUAACCUCUUCCCAUCACAGAGGAUGGAGUGAACGAUUGGAAAAGUCUUUAGAGAAACGAACGUAA